AUGUUUCAAGUUGACAUGCUUUGGAUGACGCUUGUCAUUCUGUGGGCUGGAAUUGGAAAUGGGGACCAUGAAGAUUGUCCACCCUAUUUUGAUUGUGGAAGCCAUGGGAGGUUUGGCUACCCUUUCACCAAGGUAGAACGCCCAGAUUGUGGUAUAUGGUCAAUCCAUGGUUGCGAUGAUCAUAAUCCAAAUUCAGGGCAAAAUGUCAUAUUAAGUUUUGGAACAACCUCGAUUAAGGUUAGAAAAUUUGAGUUGGAUUUUGUCACUACUACAGUUUACUUUAUUGAUGAAGAUCUCAACAAACUUUUGCUAUCAGAAAGUUGUGAAACCUUCAGCCAUAAUGUUACACUUCCACCCAGUUCUCCCUUGGGUUAUUAUACCUUACUUAAUAAUAUAACACUGUUCAAAUGCAACCGCAUCCUCAAAGUCAACCCUCCAAAAACUUUCCUCAAAAAUACAAGCUGUGGCUAUGAUAUCUUCAUAGGCCCUCCACACUCUGAUGACGUGUCUCAGCGCUCUCUAGCAGUUUGUUCAAUGGUUCAGCUUCCCAUUAAUGGCUUUGCAAUCUCUGCAAACCCAUUUGCAUUCUUAACUGCUGAGAUUCCCAUGCAGUUCCUUCCCUCAGAUGAGUGUUUGCUGUGUCUUCAUCAUAGAGGCCAAUGUCGACUUGCCAGCCAAGGAAAAGUUUAUUGCGCCCAAAGGAAGGAUAAAAGAAAUUCGGAUUGGAAGCCAGGAUGGGUAUUAGGUAACGUAAUAUAUUCAACCAUGGCAGGUAUAGGUGUUAUUGCUCCAUGGAUAAUAAUAAUGUUUGGGUUAUUCUUCGCAUUACGGCACUGUAAACGGAAAUAUGGUUCCGCACAAGGUCCAUUCCAAUCAAGAAACACUCCAGUUGAUCCCUACGAAAAUCCAGACACAGAGACGGAGAGGAUCUUCUUUGGUGUACCCGUCUUCUCCUAUAAGGAGCUUCAAGAAGCAACCAGCAAUUUUGACCUCACUAGAAAGCUUGGAGAUGGAGGCUUCGGCAGCGUUUACUAUGGAAAACUCCAAGAUGGAAGGGAAGUUGCAGUGAAAUACUUGUUCGAGAACAAUUACAGGAGAGUGCAACAGUUUAUGAAUGAAAUUGAGAUUCUCACUCGUCUGCGCCACAGAAAUCUCGUGUCCCUCUAUGGCUGCACCUCACGCCACAGCCGCGAGCUACUUCUUGUCUACGAAUAUGUCCCUAAUGGCACACUUGCCUACCAUCUACAUGGCGAUUUUGGAAGAGCUAGUUCGCUGACAUGGCCAAUUCGAAUGCGAAUUGCGAUUGAGACGGCAACAGCAUUGGCUUAUCUCCAUGCUUCCGACAUCAUUCACCGUGAUGUCAAAACCAACAACAUUCUACUUGACAUUAGUUUUUCAGUUAAAGUAGCAGAUUUUGGGCUUUCAAGGUUGCUCCCCAAUGACGUAAGCCACGUUUCCACAGCCCCACAAGGGACACCGGGAUAUCUUGAUCCUGAAUAUUUCCAAUGCUACCAGCUCACAGAUAAGAGUGAUGUGUAUAGCUUUGGGGUUGUGCUCAUUGAGUUAAUAUCAUCUAUGCCAGCUGUUGAUGCAGGGAGGGAAAGGGAUGAAAUUAACUUGGCAAAUCUAGCCAUAAAGAAAAUUCAGAAAGGUGAACUUGGUGAGUUGGUGGGUCCAUCCCUUGGUUUUGAGUCAGACCGUGAAGUUAAAAGGAUGCUAACUUCAGUGGCAGAAUUGGCUUUUCAGUGUGUGCAAGGAGACAAGUUAUUAAGACCUUCCAUGGAACAAGUUCUUAAAACACUCGUGAGAAUUGAAGGUGGGAAUUAUGAAUAUGAGGAUCUAGUACAAGGAAAUGAUGAUGGUGAUGGGACCUCGCACAGUGAAGAAGUAAUGUUUUUCACUACCCGCGGGACUGAGGUUAGGGUAGAUUUGUUAUGA